GAUUAAUAGCAUUUAUACCUAUUGUGUAGAUGGGUUCACUUAAAUGUUUUAUUUUAGGAUUUCAAGAAUUUCUUACAACACCUAGUCUUUUAUGGAAAAUGCAUUAUCAUUUAACACAGCUCACAUCUAGUAAUGUACAAAAUACUAAAAUUCAUGAGCAUCAACGUGAACGACAAAAACGUUUACAAAUUCGAAUUCCAAGUUCAGAUAGAUUAACAAGUAUUGCAUCACAUAUUGAACUGCCUGGUUCAAGUGUUGAGAAGUUAGCCAAGUCCAAUGUUGAUUCACCUAUUUCACUUCCGAAUUUAACUCCAUCUUCUUCAUCAUCAUCACCGUCGUCAUUAUCAACAACAUCAACAUCUCAAAUUAAACGUUCAUCAUCAGAUUCACAAGGUUUAUUGGAACCAUUGGCAAGAAUGUGGUUGAUAAAUGUAGGACUGAUAUUGGUGUUAGCCAUAAUCUCGUAUUUAUUUUCCCUAAUCCCACUGACCCCAUCGCUUGUAUCGUGGUUCGAGUCUUCACGUUUCUGUCACUUCGUCCAUCGAUUAUUCUCAUGCAGUGUACACAUAGCAUUGCUUUUAUUUAUGGAGUUAGUCAAUCUUUUGUACUUGAAAAAAAUAUGCGAUCGUAUAACCUUGUUAUCUAUGACUAAAGAAUAUCGGUAUAUUCAAAGAACUACUACACGAUGUUGUAUACUUUUUACUGGUUUAUCAAAAUUUUCUGCUAAUGAUCGUUCAAAUGUUUUCUUAAAUUCUGCGAUCGGUGGUACAAUCAUGGAUCGUUUAUACACACUAAUCUUUUUUAUGAUAUUUCAAUUACAAUGGAGUUUAUUGGCUACGUUGUCAGCAAAUUACUGGAUUGGUCACGUGAUCAACGCUUUCUCUGUUGCUUUCUUGUAUGCAUGUUAUGCAUUUGAAUAUCGUUGGCGACAAGUUGCCGGCACUACCUUUGAAGGAUUUUUAGGACGAAUUGUUGAUAAUUGGACGUAUUUCCUCGGAUACGGUCUACCACUUGGUUGUGCAUCUAUUGUUUUCCCACAUUUUAUUGGUUGGGGUGGUGUAAUUCUUGCAAUAGGUUAUCCAGUUCUUGUAAUUGGUGCAUUAGGUAGUCGUUGGCGUCCAUUUGAUGUGAAUAUUAAUAUGAAAGAUGAAUGGAAAUUAUUUCAUUUAUUACGUUAUUGUUUAAUUAUUUCACUUCGACCAGCAUUAUGGGUUUCUAAUUUAGUUGUACAAACUACUGCAUGGUUUGUUUAUCAAUUUUGGUUUCGACAAAAUUAUCCAAUUACCAAUGAUGAAAGUCGUCAAUUUUGAAUAUUUAUUAGUAUAUUCAUUUGUAUGGUUAACUUCAAUUUAUUUUUAGCGGUCAGAUUUUCGGUUAAAGAAUCAAAUGAAUAUUAUUUUUGGUCAUAAAAACACGUUAUAUCACAUUUUCGUUGCAUAAUAAUAUAUAUACUUUCAAUGACACGAUUGUUAUGCAAAGACGUUUCAAUUAUCAUAAUUAAUUAUUGUGCUUAAUGGACACUUUUAAUUUGAAGCUUGUAACAUUUACAAAUUGUAACCACUCAUUAUUUUCUAAUUCUAUUUAGAUUUUAUUUAGUUCUCAGAUAUAAUAAUGAGUUAAAUGAAUAUAAUUUUAUUGUUUUGUCACUUUGUCACCUACACUCUCUUGUAUGUUUAUUCAGAGUUGAAUUUCGAACUCACCUUAGUGCCAAAUCAUUUUACUCUUCAUUUCGUUCUUUUUUAUUUUUCCAAAAAAAAAAAGUUUUAUUACACGGAUCUACAUAGGUGUAUUAAUAUUGUAACAGUAGUAGUAGUAGUGUUUAUAUAAAGACAGAGAAAGUAAAUGAUUAACUCAUUUACCAGGUAUACAAUUUCGUAUAUUUAAUUUUGAGUCACUCUAUAAUUGUAAGAGCUAAUGAUAUACUAUUACUCAACUGUUUAAAGCAAAGUGUAAAUGAAAUAAAUGGGAUUAAAACCCGUGACCUAGGUAUUGAAAAUUUAACACCUUAACUACUGUAACUAUCACUUCAUGUAAGACAUCCCUAAAAAAAAAACACAGCUGAACUUCUUGACUCUACUUGUUAAUAUCAAAGUAUACGUUGAUGUUGAACAAUGUAAUCAUCAAUAAUGUUUAGUUAGUUAUAUUUUCUAUUUGAACAUUUUCAUUUGUUUAAUUGCUUAUUAUUUUUUAGUUUAAUUUUUUGCUUUAAAUAUUUUUCUUUUGUUUGUUACUAAGUUACAUCAUUUCUUAAUGUGUAUGAUUUAUCCAUCAUACAGGGAUACAACAAGAAAGAUAGUAGUAAAUCAUUUUCCCCUUAAAAUAAUCGUCAAUUCUACCCAUUGUAGUCUAAUAUAUAAAUAUCAUGUAUAUUGAUAGAAGAAUUAUAUUCAUUUGUAUGUGUUUGUGCUUUUUUUUUUUUCUGUUGUCAAGGGAAUUCUAUCCUAUAUCAUUGAAAUCAUGUGUAAAUCAUAAUGAGUUGAGCAUUAUAUUUGUAUACUGAAAAAAUGUAUAUUUGUUGUCUUUCGUGUACGUUAGUUUUAUAUUUCCAC